CCCGGAAGCGGCCGGCAGCACUGCGCCGGGCCGCCAUCUUGGCAGGGAGCCGCGGUCGCGCCGCAGCGGGAGGCGCGGGGGUCGCGGCCCUGCCCGGCCCCUCCUGGCCCCUCCUGCCCGGCCCUGCUCGCCGCCCCCCAGCCGCUCCCGGCCUCCCUCGCUUGGCCGCUGGGCCGUCCGGGCGCUGGAGGGGGCUGCUGUAGCGAGGAGAGGUGAGUAGGGCCUGAGGGGGGCCCGGCCGCCCCCUGUCUUGUCACUGUCCCCGUCCCUUGUCCCCUGUCCCCGGCCCUCGCCCCCUGCCCGGCCCGGAGCUGGGCCGCGGGGUCUGUGGGAAGCACGCUGAGGGCAGCCCGGGGGUUCUCCGCUUGUCCCCUUCCUCCUCCUCCUCUUCCUCGGGGAAGUCUGUGGCUGCUGUAAAUGUUCCUGUUCAGUUUCACAUUUUAAAUAUAAAUAUUCUUUUAGAUAAGUCCCCCAGGGGUAUCAAAACCUCGAUAACUCUGCGUCAGGCUAGAAGGUUUCAGUGUGUUUUCUUGCAGUCCGUAGUGAGGGGCUCUAUUGCAAGGCUUCAGAACAAUUUUUUUCCUUGAAUUAAAAAACAUGAAGGAAAUCCUAUUUUAAAACAUGACUUCUUUAGAGAAGAAUUAAUAUUUUGAUUUAAAGAUAUGUGACUUAAAAGCAUGUGCAACUUCUUUCAAGAAAAACUGCCAUGUGUUUAAAUGGCGUACAGUGAUUUUACCAAAAAAUGGGUUAAACGGGGUUAUUUUGAGGAGGGUCUGCAUAUUCGACCACGUGUAGUUAUUGCUGGUGACAUAAAUACCACUUCUCAAGAAAUGUAUUUGGUUAUCUGCUUGAAGUGAAGGAAUAGAAAGGUCCAAAGGCAUUUCACAUACUUUUGGAGUCAAAUGCUGCUAUCACGUGAGCAUUGUCUUAUCUCUUUAUACAAGCUGUUUGUAAAAUCUUUCUUUCAUUUUCAUCUGAAUUUCCAAGUGGAAAACUAAGGAACUUGUUAGACUUUCCUGAGGGAAAGUGAGCUAAAUGGCAGUUAUUAAUUGCUGUGUGUUCUGUAGAUGCCCUGUAAGGGGUAAUGCUUUCUUUGUCCUGAAAGCAGCGUGGAGUUUCCAUUCUUCACACCGACUUGUCUGAUUUUGGAUGAGGUCUUUGUCUGGAAGAGAAUAAUCUGUCUCUGAAGUUCCCUUCUGUAAAUUUAACUGAAUCCUCAGCAGGCAGCUGAGGUUUAACUUAAAAUUCCUCACCCCAAAGCCAUUAAUGCAAUUACGGAGUUUUCUUGUUUGUUAUUAUUUUAAAUAACUGGAUGUGGUAGAAAGAGACCAAACGAAUUUAAACCAUGAACAAAUUUACAUAAUAGAUAUUCAAACUAAAUUGGGAAAUGAAUUACUCCGAAGGACUGAGCCCUUUAAAAAAAAUUAUCUUAAUAGCGCAUGGUCAGCCUAAGCGCAGAAAUGGUUAUUAACAGUGCGUGUGUAUUCUGUAGCACAGCUUGUUCUCUUGAUAGCAGUUUGCUGCUUAUACACUUACGCAGCAGUCUCCUGGAAGGCGUAUCUUCCAGUUUGGAUGAUGUAUGGAGUCUUCUGGGAGUGCGUUAGUUGGUUAAGCUGCUCCUUAAAAGUUAUGAUGAGCAACAACAGUAAUAAGAGAGCACCAACGACAGCAACACAGAGACUAAAACAAGACUACCUUCGAAUUAAGAAAGAUCCAGUGCCUUAUAUAUGUGCAGAACCCCUCCCAUCUAAUAUCCUUGAAUGGCACUAUGUUGUCCGGGGACCUGAAAUGACUCCCUAUGAAGGUGGCUAUUAUCAUGGGAAACUAAUAUUCCCCAGAGAAUUUCCUUUUAAACCUCCUAGUAUUUAUAUGAUUACACCUAACGGAAGGUUUAAGUGUAAUACAAGGUUAUGUCUUUCAAUCACUGAUUUCCACCCUGAUACGUGGAAUCCAGCUUGGUCAGUCUCAACGAUCUUGACAGGCCUUCUUAGUUUUAUGGUGGAGAAGGGCCCCACACUGGGCAGCAUAGAGACUUCAGAGUUCACAAAAAGACAACUCGCUGCACAAAGCUUAGCAUUUAAUUUAAAAGAUAAAGUCUUCUGUGAGCUCUUCCCUGAAGUGGUGGAGGAGAUUAAACAAAAACAGAAAGCACAAGAAGAGCUCAACAACAGACCUCCAUCCCUCCCUUUACCAGAUGUUGUCCCUGACGGGGAAGCACACUAUGGUCAGAAUGGAAUACCCCUUCUUAACGGGCAUGUUCCGCUGGCACCUGCCAAUCAUCCAGGCCUCCAGCAGGCUAAUCGUAACCAUGGACUCUUAGGUGGAGCUUUGGCGAACUUGUUUGUUAUAGUUGGUUUUGCAGCCUUUGCCUACACAGUCAAGUAUGUACUGAGAAGCAUAGCGCAAGAAUGAGGAGAAUAAAAGAAAUCCAAGACCAAAUUAGAGGUAGUUGCAGAGUGAGUGGGACUCUUUGGGCAUCUGACUUUUGACACUGGGAUAAACAUUUGUGUUACCAAGUUGCAGGUAAAACCUUGGUUGGCUCAUGGGUUCUGUUUGGGAAAUGGAGUACGUUCACUUAGUCAGAAAACUAAAAGAAGUUCUGCUCACAGAUCCUGUUGUCAAGUCAAAGCAUUAUUGAUGAAACACUAACAUUUCUAGUGCUUUGAUUUUUCUAGCACUUCUCCAUCUGUUAUUUGAGAUUUGAAAAUCUUAAGCAAAUAAGGCUUUUUACUUCAUUGAACAAUUUUUAAAAUUUAACACUUGAUGCAUAUCAUUUUAGUUUUGUUAGCAAAGAGUCUGUACAGGAUGCGAAAUGAGUCAAGUGGAGAAAACAUGGACUUGGUAAGGAUUUGGUUAAUGUGAACAUUGACUCCAGAAGAUGGCUGGUUUUUUUUUUUUUUUAAUAGAACGGACAUCAUUGCAUAUCUAGUCAGUAGUGAUUAGAUGAGUGGGAAAAUAACACCAUGUGUGUUAAAUUUGUUGUCUAAAUUAUCACAAUGUAAUUGAAGGUUUUAUUUGGGCUACAAGAAGUGCAGUUGUCAGACUUUAGGAAUGAAUAGCCAGAAAAAGUGUUUGAAUCAGUCUUUAGUGGGAAUACAGAUAUCCAGUACUGUUUUGUAUUUGUUCACUUAGGGAUUUCCAUUCUGGGAGAUUUUAAAACUGUAAUACUUUGUUUUGAUCACAAGGUGCCACUGUUGAAAAAAAUAAUAAAAAUGCACAGACCAUUGGAGAGCUGAUUGUGUAUUGAGAAAAUCUCUGGAAUUCCUGGGUAAAUGAAGUACACCUAGCCCUUGUGAAGUUACAAAGUCAAAUGUGUCUGAAUAACAAAUGAGCUUCUUCAGCACCAGCUGAAUUAGUCUGAAGUGUCAUUAGCUGGAGUAAACCCUUCACAUUAGUUCUGCUUGCUUACUUGAAAAUUGGCCAAAAAAAGGCAAAACAAACAAAAAAAACCCACAAAGCCCAAACCCUACUAAUUUAUCUGAGUUUCUAGAAGCUUUUUGCUUGUAGAUCCAAGUUCCUCUCUGUUCCCCUUCAGAUGAUUGCAAUAUUGAUGUUUGUUCAUGAGAAUACAGGGUUGUGUGUAAACACUGAAGCUGCAAAUGUAGUCUGAAAGUCUGAAGUUACUUUUUCAACUCAGUUUGCCUUUUUUUUUUUCCUGCUUAGUUUUAUCUAAGUGCUUUGGUUUAUUAGAGGCAAACAUACUGUGCCUUUAAAAAUUGGCAGCGAUGUCUAAUCAUCUGGGAAGAGUGCACUCACUGUUCAUGGUACAACGAACUGUCAAAGGUGAUAGGGUAAAAAGCUCUGCCUCUAACCAUGUAGUCUUCUAGAUAUUGUGAAGAGCCCAAUAAAUAUUACCUCAUGUAUUUAAGAAUUUUUGAAACUUUCAUUUUCCCUUUCAGACUUGUUCUCUCUCUGCUUCUCCUUGGUAUCUUGAACUGUAAGCAAAAACAUAUGGUAAACCCAUGAGCCAUGCAGCUUAGAGCAUCGAUAAAUGUGACCAAUUCUCUGCAAUAGGUAGGAAUUAUCAAAGCUAGCAGAACAGCUUUAUACUAAAAAAAUCUUAAAGCAGAUCUUACUGAGGUAAGGAAGGGAAGGAGAGGAUGGAAUGUGGAAAAGGUUGAUUUUUAAAAUGUAUUUAUAAAUCUUUGAUUUUGUGGUUUUACCAAAUCUUAUUUAUAACUAAUUUGCCUCUUGUAUGUGCUUAAUCAGCUCUUGUUAAAAGAGAAGCACCAAUUGUAUGUGUCUGUAGAAACAAUAAUGUUUUGUCAGUCUGGGGGUGUGCUGUGAAGGAAGGGGGAAUGUCAUGUCUUUCCUGUAGUGAUAGGACUUUCAAGAUGGCUUGUUGGAGUGAUUUUUUUCUCAAAGCAUACGGACCUUUAGCUGAGGCUGUUCUGUCUCAUAGAUCUUAGUAUCAGUCAAACAUGUUUGUGUUCUCACGAUGCUUUUUUUUAACCGUUGACGUCGCCUACAGACAAAAGCUUAUAAAUGGUUAUCUAUGUUUAUCUUAUGGAAGGUCUUUUGUCCACAUAACUGAAGACAAAGGCAAGGAGACCUCGGGCAUGGUGUCUUUGCAUCUUUUGUGAAAUGUACUUAGCCAAGGUAAAAGAACUAGUAAAAUGAGAGAUGUUGAUUUCUUACAACACAGCUUAUUAUGCGGCAAGAAGUUGGCCUUAAACUACACCUGAGCAUCUGAAGGUGGGUCUCUUUAAUAAGUGCCACAAUUGGAAACAAAAACUUUGGUCAAACCCUGGAGAUGCUGCAUUUUUUAUGAGAAUUGGCUGUAUUUAAAAACAACUAUAUAAAACCCAAACCUUACCUUCCAAAUGCAGCUUCUCUUCAGUACCCUGGAUUCAGAGAGAGACUUGACAGUUCCUGGCUUUCAACAAAUGGCACCCAGUAGCUGACUGACCCCUUGCACCUAUGGCUUUACAAGAUUUCAAUACAUGUCCUUGCUCCUUGCCUUUGGUAACAGAAGAUUUAUUCCCUUUUGUGUAGUUUAUGAUGUUUUGUGUUUUUUUUAAAAGCGUUUAUAAUAGUAUGCGGUAUCUGAUCUUUUUGUUACCAAAGUCAGUAGAUGGAGUAGACCAUUCUUUGCCAUGCAAAAAUGUUAUCAUGCCCUGAAGCAGUGCAUUACUUAAUAUAAUGAAACUAAAAGCUGUCCCUCAGUAUAUGACACCAGAACAAAUGUCUGGCCCUUCACUUUCAUGCUGCAAUUUCAUAGAUUUCUGUAAGAUUGUUCUACACAGACGAUAGGGAUUUUUUGCAACUUGAAUCGUAAGACAUCUCAAUGGUAGCCUUUAAAGAUCUCAUGACUAAAAAUCCUGGAUUUGUGUGUAGUCUUAACUUUUUUCCCCCCUCAAGAUUUCAAGGUCACAGAAAUUACCUCACUUCAAGCAUGUACUGAGGAGUAGAAAUGACUGCAUUGUAAAGUUGUUUGUUCAUAAUAAACAUUCAUGACAAAA